UUGUUAUCAUAAAAAUCCCAGGUAAUAAUUCUUCAGGUAUUUGAAAUUUACAUUCAUUGAUCGACACGAUUUGAUCAAUGAUCGUUAAGUAACGAGGACUCCCGUUUGUCCCGCCUUUUAUUAAUGCACCAUCGAACUUUUUUACUAUUUCCGUUAAAAUUAAAAAGUUUGAAAAUCGAAAUAAAAAUUAUUUUAAUAUACUGCUAAAGCUUAUAAAAGUUUGUGUUAAUUGAAAAGUAUAAUUGCGGCGACAAUUAAAAGCAAAAGUAAUUGACCUUUUUUACACGUGGUGAUUUUGGUUGUACUUGUUUAUAGUAUUUCGUAACUGUGAAAAAAGAGAAAAGGUGCAUUCAUACAAGUGUUUAUGGUAUCUAUCAACUAUAUAAUUCCAAUAUAAGAAGAAAAAACUUACGAUUAUUUGUGCAGUUGGAUUAUUAAAAGGAUAUUACUUUUUAAAAAAAUAUUCGGAAUUUCAUAUUGGAAUCAACAAAAAAUUACACAGACAAAGGAUCAUAUAUCUUUUACUAAAGAAUGUCUUCGUGAUAAAGUACACGACGUUCUCAUGUAUUUCGAAGUAAAAGAAAAGGGACAUUGAUGGGAGAUUUCUAUUAUAAGGAUCGGAUCCAAGUAUGGAGUCUGAUGUCUUUAUUUUUGUUUUUAACAAUUUUCGUUUCUGAAGCACAUAAUACCAGUACAACAAAAAAAAUAACUACCACCACUACGACAGGAGAAAACACUACUUCACCAGAAGCAGUCACAACAACAAUAGAACAAAUAACGUCAACUGAUGCUCCUACUACCACUGCAUACCAAACGAGCACUUCUGAAGCCAUUUCAACAACUACAGAACAAUCAACAACAGGAGUACUAACUACGACGGUAGAGGCCACUGCUACCCCAGAAGCAGUCACAACAACAAUAGAACAAACGACUUCAACUGAAACUCCUACUUCAACUGUAGAGCAAGCUACUACGUCUGAAGCGCUUUCAACAACUGCAGAACAAACAACAACAGAAGCGCCAACUACGUCGAUAGAGAAAACUUCUACAACGGAAGCAGUAACAACUACUGUAGAACAAACAACGUUAACUGAAGCUCCAACAACCACUGCAGAGCAAACAACCACUUCUGGAAUUCUCUCAACAACUGCAGAUCAGACGAGAACAGGGGCACAAACUACGACAGAACAGGCCACUGCUACAACAGAAGUGGUCACAACAACAGUAGAACAAACAACGUCAACUGAAGCUCCAACAACCACUGCAGGGCAAACAACAACUUCUGGAAUUCUCUCAACAACUGCAGAUCAGACGACAACAGGAGCACAAACUACGACAGAACAGGCCACUGCUACAACAGAAGUGGUCACAACAACAGUAGAACAAACAACGUCAACUGAAGCUCCUACUACCACUGAAGAGCAAACUACUUCUGCUGAAGCCCUUUCAACAACUGCAGAACAAACUACAACACGGGCACAAACAACGACGGAACAGGCCACUACUACCUCGGAAGCAGAUACAACAACAGUAGAAAAAACAACAUCAACUGAUGAUCCUAUUACCACUGCAUACAAAACGAGCACUUCUGAAGCCAUUUCAACAACUGCAGAACAAACAACAACAGGAGUACCAACUACGACGGUAAAGGCCACUACUUCCCCAGAAGCAGUCACAACAACAUUAGAACAAACAACGUCAACUGAUGCUCCUACUACCACUGCAUAUCAAACGAGCACUUCUGAAGCGCUUUCUUCAACUGCAGAACAAACAACAACAGGAGUACAAACUACGACAGUAAAGACCACUACUACCCCAGAGGCAGUCACAACAACAAUAGAACAAACGACUUCAACUGAAACUCCUACUACCACUGUAGAGCAAGCUACUACUUCUGAAGCGCUUUCAACAACUGCAGAACAAACAACAACAGGAACGCCAACUACGACGAAAGAGGCAACUUCUACAACGGAAGCAGUAACAACAACGUCGGAAGCAGAUACAACUACAAUAGAACAAACAACGUCAACUGAUGCUCCUACUACCACUGCAUACAAAACAAGCACUUCUGAAGGCAUUUCAACGACUGCAGAACAAACAACAACAGGAGUACCAACUACGACGGUAGAGGCCACUACUACCCAAGAUGCAGUCACAACAACGAUUAAACAAACAAUGUCAACUGAUGCUCCUACUACCACUGCAUAUCAAACGAGCACUGCUGAAGCGCUUUCUACAACUGCAGAACAAACAACAACAGGAACGCCAGCUACGACGGUAGAGACCACUACUACCCCAGAAGCAGUCACAACAACAAUAGAACAAACGACUUCAACUGCAACUACUACUUCAACUGUAGAGCAAUCUACUACGUCUGAAGCUCUUUCAACAACUGGAGAACAAACAACAACAGGAGCGCCAACUACGACAAUAGAGACAACUUCUACAACGGAAGAAGUAACAACCACUGUAGAACAAACAACGUCAACUGAAACUCCAACAACCACUGCAGAGCAAACAACAUCUUCUGAAAUUCUCUCAACAACUGAAGAUCAGACGACAACAGAGGCACAAACUACGACAGAACAGGCCACUGCUACAACAGAAGUGGUCACAACAACAGUAGAACAAACAACGUCAACUGAAGCUCCAACAACCACUGCAGGGCAAACAACAACUUCUGGAAUUCGCUCAACAACUGCAGAUCAGACGACAACAGGGGCACAAACUACGACAGAACAGUCCACUGCUACAACAGAAGUGGUCACAACAACAGUAGAACAAACAACGUCAACUGAAGCUCCAACAACCACUGCAGGGCAAACAACAACUUCUGGAAUUCGCUCAACAACUGCAGAUCAGACGACAACAGGGGCACAAACUACGACAGAACAGUCCACUGCUACAACAGAAGUGGUCACAACAACAGUAGAACAAACAACGUCAACUGAAGCUCCUACUACCACUGAAGAGCAAACUACUUCUGCUGAAGCCCUUUCAACAACUGCAGAACAAACUACAACACGGACACAAACAACGACGGAACAGGCCACUACUACCUCGGAAGCAGAUACAACAACAGUAGAAAAAACAACAUCAACUGAUGAUCCUAUUACCACUGCAUACGAAACGAGCACUUCUGAAGCCAUUUCAACAACUGCAGAACAAACAACAACAGGAGUACCAACUACGACAGUAGAAGCCACUACUUCACCAGAAGCAGUCACAACAACAAUAGAACAAACAACGUCAACUGAUGCUCCUACUACCACUGCAUAUCAAACGAGCACUUCUGAAAGGCUUUCUACAACUGCAGAACAAACAACAACAGGAGUACCAACUACGACGGUAGAGGCCACUACUACCCAAGAUGCAGUCACAACAACGAUUAAACAAACAAUGUCAACUGAUGCUCCUACUACCACUGCAUAUCAAACGAGCACUGCUGAAGCGCUUUCUACAACUGCAGAACAAACAACAACAGGAGUACCAACUACGACGGUAGAGGCCACUACUACCCCAGAAGCAGUCACAACAACAAUAGAACAAACGACUUCAACUGAAACUCCUACUACAACUGUAGAGCAAUCUACUACGUCUGAAGCUCUUUCAACAACUGCAGAACUAACAACAACAGGAGCGCCAACUACGACAAUAGAGACAACUUCUACAACGGAAGAAGUAACAACCACUGUAGUACAAACAACGUCAACUAAAGCUCCAACAACCACUGCAGAGCAAACAAAAACUUCUGAAAUUCUCUCAACAACUGCAGAUCAGACGACAACAGGGGCACAAACUACGACAGAACAGACCACUGCUACAACAGAAGUGGUCACAACAACAGUAGAACAAACAACGUCAACUGAAGCUCCUACUACCACUGAAGAGCAAACUACUUCUGCUGAAGCCCUUUCAACAACUGCAGAACAAACAACAACACGGACACAAACAACGACGGAACAGGCCACUACUACCUCGGAAGCAGAUACAACAACAGUAGAAAAAACAACAUCAACUGAAGAUCCUACUACCACUGUAUAUCAAACGAGCACUUCUGAAGUCAUUUCAACAACUGCAGAACAAUCAACAACAGGAGUACCAACUACGUCGAUAGAGACAACUUUUACAACGGAAGCAGUAACAACUACUGUAGAACAAACAACGUCAACUGAAGCUCCAACAACCACUGCAGGGCAAACAACAACUUCUGGAAUUCUCUCAACAACUGCAGAUGAGACGACAACAGGGGCAGAAACUACGACAGAACAGGCCACUGCUACAACAGAAGUGGUCACAACAACAGUAGAAAAAACAACGUCAACUGAAGCUCCUACUACCACUGAAGAGAAAACUACUUCUGCUGAAGCCCUUUCAACAACUGCAGAACAAACUACAACACGGACACAAACAACGACGGAACAGGCCACUACUACCUCGGAAGCAGAUACAACAACAGUAGAAAAAACAACAUCAACUGAUGAUCCUAUUACCACUGCAUACGAAACGAGCACUUCUGAAGCCAUUUCAACAACUGCAGAACAAACAACAACAGGAGUACCAACUACGACAGUAGAAGCCACUACUUCACCAGAAGCAGUCACAACAACAAUAGAACAAACAACGUCAACUGAUGCUCCUACUACCACUGCAUAUCAAACGAGCACUUCUGAAAGGCUUUCUACAACUGCAGAACAAACAACAACAGGAGUACCAACUACGACGGUAGAGGCCACUACUACCCAAGAUGCAGUCACAACAACGAUUAAACAAACAAUGUCAACUGAUGCUCCUACUACCACUGCAUAUCAAACGAGCACUGCUGAAGCGCUUUCUACAACUGCAGAACAAACAACAACAGGAGUACCAACUACGACGGUAGAGGCCACUACUACCCCAGAAGCAGUCACAACAACAAUAGAACAAACGACUUCAACUGAAACUCCUACUACAACUGUAGAGCAAUCUACUACGUCUGAAGCUCUUUCAACAACUGCAGAACUAACAACAACAGGAGCGCCAACUCCGACAAUAGAGACAACUUCUACAACGAAAGAAGUAACAACCACUGUAGUACAAACAACGUCAACUAAAGCUCCAACAACCACUGCAGAGCAAACAAAAACUUCUGAAAUUCUCUCAACAACUGCAGAUCAGACGACAACAGGGGCACAAACUACGACAGAACAGACCACUGCUACAACAGAAGUGGUCACAACAACAGUAGAACAAACAACGUCAACUGAAGCUCCUACUACCACUGAAGAGCAAACUACUUCUGCUGAAGCCCUUUCAACAACUGCAGAACAAACAACAACACGGACACAAACAACGACGGAACAGGCCACUACUACCUCGGAAGCAGAUACAACAACAGUAGAAAAAACAACAUCAACUGAAGAUCCUACUACCACUGUAUAUCAAACGAGCACUUCUGAAGUCAUUUCAACAACUGCAGAACAAUCAACAACAGGAGUACCAACUACGUCGAUAGAGACAACUUUUACAACGGAAGCAGUAACAACUACUGUAGAACAAACAACGUCAACUGAAGCUCCAACAACCACUGCAGGGCAAACAACAACUUCUGGAAUUCUCUCAACAACUGCAGAUGAGACGACAACAGGGGCAGAAACUACGACAGAACAGGCCACUGCUACAACAGAAGUGGUCACAACAACAGUAGAACAAACAACGUCAACUGAAGCUCCUACUACCACUGAAGAGCAAACUACUUCUGCUGAAGCCCUUUCAACAACUGCAGAACAAACUACAACACGGACACAAACAACGACGGAACAGGCCACUACUACCUCGGAAGCAGAUACAACAACAGUAGAAAAAACAACAUCAACUGAUGAUCCUAUUACCACUGCAUACGAAACGAGCACUUCUGAAGCCAUUUCAACAACUGCAGAACAAACAACAACAGGAGUACCAACUACGACAGUAGAAGCCACUACUUCACCAGAAGCAGUCACAACAACAAUAGAACAAACAACGUCAACUGAUGCUUCUUCUACCACUGCAUAUCAAACGAGCACUUCUGAAAGGCUUUCUACAACUGCAGAACAAACAACAACAGGAGUACCAACUACGACGGUAGAGGCCACUACUACCCAAGAUGCAGUCACAACAACGAUUAAACAAACAAUGUCAACUGAUGCUCCUACUACCACUGCAUAUCAAACGAGCACUGCUGAAGCGCUUUCUACAACUGCAGAACAAACAACAACAGGAGUACCAACUACGACGGUAGAGGCCACUACUACCCCAGAAGCAGUCACAACAACAAUAGAACAAACGACUUCAACUGAAACUCCUAUUACAACUGUAGAGCAAUCUACUACGUCUGAAGCUCUUUCAACAACUGCAGAACUAACAACAACAGGAGCGCUAACUACGACAAUAGAGACAACUUCUACAACGGAAGAAGUAACAACCACUGUAGUACAAACAACGUCAACUAAAGCUCCAACAACCACUGCAGAGCAAACAAAAACUUCUGAAAUUCUCUCAACAACUGCAGAUCAGACGACAACAGGGGCACAAACUACGACAGAACAGGCCACUGCUACAACAGAAGUGGCCACAACAACAGUAGAACAAACAACGUCAACUGAAGAUCCUACUACCACUGUAUAUCAAACGAGCACUUCUGAAGUCAUUUCAACAACUGCAGAACAAUCAACAACAGGAGUACCAACUACGUCGAUAGAGACAACUUUUACAACGGAAGCAGUAACAACUACUGUAGAACAAACAACGUCAACUGAAGCUCCAACAACCACUGCAGGGCAAACAACAACUUCUGGAAUUCUCUCAACAACUGCAGAUCAGACGACAACAGGGCCACAAACUACGACAGAACAGGCCACUGCUACAACAGAAGUGGUCACAACAACAGUAGAACAAACAACGUCAACUGAAGCUCCUACUACCACUGAAGAGCAAACUACUUCUGCUGAAGCCCUUUCAACAACUGCAGAACAAACUACAACACGGACACAAACAACGACGGAACAGGCCACUACUACCUCGGAAGCAGAUACAACAACAGUAGAAAAAACAACAUCAACUGAUGAUCCUAUUACCACUGCAUACGAAACGAGCACUUCUGAAGCCAUUUCAACAACUGCAGAACAAACAACAACAGGAGUACCAACUACGACAGUAGAAGCCACUAGUUCACCAGAAGCAGUCACAACAACAAUAGAACAAACAACGUCAACUGAUGCUCCUACUACCACUGCAUAUCAAACGAGCACUUCUGAAAGGCUUUCUACAACUGCAGAACAAACAACAACAGGAGUACCAACUACGACGGUAGAGGCCACUACUACCCCAGAAGCAGUCACAACAACAAUAGAACAAACGACUUCAACUGAAACUCCUACUACAACUGUAGAGCAAUCUACUACGUCUGAAGUUCUUUCAACAACUGCAGAACUAACAACAACAGGAGCGCCAACUACGACAAUAGAGACAACUUCUACAACGGAAGAAGUAACAACCACUGUAGUACAAACAACGUCAACUAAAGCUCCAACAACCACUGCAGAGCAAACAAAAACUUCUGAAAUUCUCUCAACAACUGCAGAUCAGACGACAACAGGGGCACAAACUACGACAGAACAGGCCACUGCUACAACAGAAGUGGCCACAACAACAGUAGAACAAACAACGUCAACUGAAGAUCCUACUACCACUGUAUAUCAAACGAGCACUUCUGAAGUCAUUUCAACAACUGCAGAACAAUCAACAACAGGAGUACCAACUACGUCGAUAGAGACAACUUUUACAACGGAAGCAGUAACAACUACUGUAAAACAAACAACGUCAACUGAAGCUCCAACAACCACUGCAGGGCAAACAACAACUUCUGGAAUUCUCUCAACAACUGCAGAUGAGACGACAACAGGGGCAGAAACUACGACAGAACAGGCCACUGCUACAACAGAAGUGGUCACAACAACAGUAGAACAAACAACGUCAACUGAAGCUCCUACUACCACUGAAGAGCAAACUACUUCUGCUGAAGCCCUUUCAACAACUGCAGAACAAACUACAACACGGACACAAACAACGACGGAACAGGCCACUACUACCUCGGAAGCAGAUACAACAACAGUAGAAAAAACAACAUCAACUGAUGAUCCUAUUACCACUGCAUACGAAACGAGCACUUCUGAAGCCAUUUCAACAACUGCAGAACAAACAACAACAGGAGUACCAACUACGACAGUAGAAGCCACUACUUCACCAGAAGCAGUCACAACAACAAUAGAACAAACAACGUCAACUGAUGCUUCUUCUACCACUGCAUAUCAAACGAGCACUUCUGAAAGGCUUUCUACAACUGCAGAACAAACAACAACAGGAGUACCAACUACGACGGUAGAGGCCACUACUACCCAAGAUGCAGUCACAACAACGAUUAAACAAACAAUGUCAACUGAUGCUCCUACUACCACUGCAUAUCAAACGAGCACUUCUGAAAGGCUUUCUACAACUGCAGAACAAACAACAACAGGAGUACCAACAACGACAGUAGAAGCCACUAGUUCACCAGAAGCAGUCACAACAACAAUAGAACAAACAACGUCAACUGAUGCUCCUACUACCACUGCAUAUCAAACGAGCACUUCUGAAAGGCUUUCUACAACUGCAGAACAAACAACAACAGGAGUACCAACUACGACGGUAGAGGCCACUACUACCCCAGAAGCAGUCACAACAACAAUAGAACAAACGACUUCAACUGAAACUCCUACUACAACUGUAGAGCAAUCUACUACGUCUGAAGUUCUUUCAACAACUGCAGAACUAACAACAACAGGAGCGCCAACUACGACAAUAGAGACAACUUCUACAACGGAAGAAGUAACAACCACUGUAGUACAAACAACGUCAACUAAAGCUCCAACAACCACUGCAGAGCAAACAAAAACUUCUGAAAUUCUCUCAACAACUGCAGAUCAGACGACAACAGGGGCACAAACUACGACAGAACAGGCCACUGCUACAACAGAAGUGGCCACAACAACAGUAGAACAAACAACGUCAACUGAAGAUCCUACUACCACUGUAUAUCAAACGAGCACUUCUGAAGUCAUUUCAACAACUGCAGAACAAUCAACAACAGGAGUACCAACUACGUCGAUAGAGACAACUUUUACAACGGAAGCAGUAACAACUACUGUAGAACAAACAACGUCAACUGAAGCUCCAACAACCACUGCAGGGCAAACAACAACUUCUGGAAUUCUCUCAACAACUGCAGAUCAGACGACAACAGGGGCACAAACUACGACAGAACAGGCCACUGCUACAACAGAAGUGGUCACAACAACAGUAGAACAAACAACGUCAACUGAAGCUCCUACUACCACUGAAGAGCAAACUACUUCUGCUGAAGCCCUUUCAACAACUGCAGAACAAACUACAACACGGACACAAACAACGACGGAACAGGCCACUACUACCUCGGAAGCAGAUACAACAACAGUAGAAAAAACAACAUCAACUGAUGAUCCUAUUACCACUGCAUACGAAACGAGCACUUCUGAAGCCAUUUCAACAACUGCAGAACAAACAACAACAGGAGUACCAACUACGACAGUAGAAGCCACUACUUCACCAGAAGCAGUCACAACAACAAUAGAACAAACAACGUCAACUGAUGCUCCUACUACCACUGCAUAUCAAACGAGCACUUCUGAAAGGCUUUCUACAACUGCAGAACAAACAACAACAGGAGUACCAACUACGACGGUAGAGGCCACUACUACCCAAGAUGCAGUCACAACAACGAUUAAACAAACAAUGUCAACUGAUGCUACUACUACCACUGCAUAUCAAACGAGCACUGCUGAAGCGCUUUCUACAACUGCAGAACAAACAACAACAGGAGUACCAACUACGACGGUAGAGGCCACUACUACCCCAGAAGCAGUCACAACAACAAUAGAACAAACGACUUCAACUGAAACUCCUACUACAACUGUAGAGCAAUCUACUACGUCUGAAGCUCUUUCAACAACUGCAGAACUAACAACAACAGGAGCGCCAACUACGACAAUAGAGACAACUUCUACAACGGAAGAAGUAACAACCACUGUAGUACAAACAACGUCAACUAAAGCUCCAACAACCACUGCAGAGCAAACAAAAACUUCUGAAAUUCUCUCAACAACUGCAGAUCAGACGACAACAGGGGCACAAACUACGACAGAACAGGCCACUGCUACAACAGAAGUGGCCACAACAACAGUAGAACAAACAACGUCAACUGAAGAUCCUACUACCACUGUAUAUCAAACGAGCACUUCUGAAGUCAUUUCAACAACUGCAGAACAAUCAACAACAGGAUUACCAACUACGUCGAUAGAGACAACUUUUACAACGGAAGCAGUAACAACUACUGUAGAACAAACAACGUCAACUGAAGCUCCAACAACCACUGCAGGGCAAACAACAACUUCUGGAAUUCUCUCAACAACUGCAGAUCAGACGACAACAGGGGCACAAACUACGACAGAACAGGCCACUGCUACAACAGAAGUGGUCACAACAACAGUAGAACAAACAACGUCAACUGAAGCUCCUACUACCACUGAAGAGCAAACUACUUCUGCUGAAGCCCUUUCAACAACUGCAGAACAAACUACAACACGGACACAAACAACGACGGAACAGGCCACUACUACCUCGGAAGCAGAUACAACAACAGUAGAAAAACCAACAUCAACUGAUGAUCCUAUUACCACUGCAUACGAAACGAGCACUUCUGAAGCCAUUUCAACAACUGCAGAACAAACAACAACAGGAGUACCAACUACGACAGUAGAAGCCACUACUUCACCAGAAGCAGUCACAACAACAAUAGAACAAACAACGUCAACUGAUGCUCCUACUACCACUGCAUAUCAAACGAGCACUUCUGAAAGGCUUUCUACAACUGCAGAACAAACAACAACAGGAGUACCAACUACGACGGUAGAGGCCACUACUACCCAAGAUGCAGUCACAACAACGAUUAAACAAACAAUGUCAACUGAUGCUCCUACUACCACUGCAUAUCAAACGAGCACUUCUGAAAGGCUUUCUACAACUGCAGAACAAACAACAACAGGAGUACCAACAACGACAGUAGAAGCCACUAGUUCACCAGAAGCAGUCACAACAACAAUAGAACAAACAACGUCAACUGAUGCUCCUACUACCACUGCAUAUCAAACGAGCACUUCUGAAAGGCUUUCUACAACUGCAGAACAAACAACAACAGGAGUACCAACUACGACGGUAGAGGCCACUACUACCCCAGAAGCAGUCACAACAACAAUAGAACAAACGACUUCAACUGAAACUCCUACUACAACUGUAGAGCAAUCUACUACGUCUGAAGUUCUUUCAACAACUGCAGAACUAACAACAACAGGAGCGCCAACUACGACAAUAGAGACAACUUCUACAACGGAAGAAGUAACAACCACUGUAGUACAAACAACGUCAACUAAAGCUCCAACAACCACUGCAGAGCAAACAAAAACUUCUGAAAUUCUCUCAACAACUGCAGAUCAGACGACAACAGGGGCACAAACUACGACAGAACAGGCCACUGCUACAACAGAAGUGGCCACAACAACAGUAGAACAAACAACGUCAACUGAAGAUCCUACUACCACUGUAUAUCAAACGAGCACUUCUGAAGUCAUUUCAACAACUGCAGAACAAUCAACAACAGGAGUACCAACUACGUCGAUAGAGACAACUUUUACAACGGAAGCAGUAACAACUACUGUAGAACAAACAACGUCAACUGAAGCUCCAACAACCACUGCAGGGCAAACAACAACUUCUGGAAUUCUCUCAACAACUGCAGAUCAGACGACAACAGGGGCACAAACUACGACAGAACAGGCCACUGCUACAACAGAAGUGGUCACAACAACAGUAGAACAAACAACGUCAACUGAAGCUCCUACUACCACUGAAGAGCAAACUACUUCUGCUGAAGCCCUUUCAACAACUGCAGAACAAACUACAACACGGACACAAACAACGACGGAACAGGCCACUACUACCUCGGAAGCAGAUACAACAACAGUAGAAAAAACAACAUCAACUGAUGAUCCUAUUACCACUGCAUACGAAACGAGCACUUCUGAAGCCAUUUCAACAACUGCAGAACAAACAACAACAGGAGUACCAACUACGACAGUAGAAGCCACUACUUCACCAGAAGCAGUCACAACAACAAUAGAACAAACAACGUCAACUGAUGCUCCUACUACCACUGCAUAUCAAACGAGCACUUCUGAAAGGCUUUCUACAACUGCAGAACAAACAACAACAGGAGUACCAACUACGACGGUAGAGGCCACUACUACCCAAGAUGCAGUCACAACAACGAUUAAACAAACAAUGUCAACUGAUGCUACUACUACCACUGCAUAUCAAACGAGCACUGCUGAAGCGCUUUCUACAACUGCAGAACAAACAACAACAGGAGUACCAACUACGACGGUAGAGGCCACUACUACCCCAGAAGCAGUCACAACAACAAUAGAACAAACGACUUCAACUGAAACUCCUACUACAACUGUAGAGCAAUCUACUACCUCUGAAGCUCUUUCAACAACUGCAGAACUAACAACAACAGGAGCGCCAACUACGACAAUAGAGACAACUUCUACAACGGAAGAAGUAACAACCACUGUAGUACAAACAACGUCAACUAAAGCUCCAACAACCACUGCAGAGCAAACAAAAACUUCUGAAAUUCUCUCAACAACUGCAGAUCAGACGACAACAGGGGCACAAACUACGACAGAACAGGCCACUGCUACAACAGAAGUGGCCACAACAACAGUAGAACACACAGCGUCAACUGAAGAUCCUACUACCACUGUAUAUCAAACGAGCACUUCUGAAGCCAUUUCAACAACUGCAGAACAAUCAACAACAGGAGUACCAACUACGUCGAUAGAGACAACUUUUACAACGGAAGCAGUAACAACUACUGUAGAACAAACAACGUCAACUGAAGCUCCAACAACCACUGCAGGGCAAACAACAACUUCUGGAAUUCUCUCAACAAUUGCAGAUCAGACGACAACAGGGGCACAAACUACGACAGAACAGGCCACUGCUACAACAGAAGUGGUCACAACAACAGUAGAACAAACAACGUCAACUGAAGCUCCUACUACCACUGAAGAGCAAACUACUUCUGCUGAAGCCCUUUCAACAACUGCAGAACAAACUACAACACGGGCACAAACAACGACGGAACAGGCCACUACUACCUCGGAAGCAGAUACAACAACAGUAGAAAAAACAACAUCAACUGAAGAUCCUAUUACCACUGCAUACGAAACGAGCACUUCUGAAGCCAUUUCAACAACUGCAGAACAAACAACAACAGGAGUACCAACUACGACAGUAGAAGCCACUACUUCACCAGAAGCAGUCACAACAACAAUAGAACAAACAACGUCAACUGAUGCUCCUACUACCACUGCAUAUCAAACGAGCACUUCUGAAAGGCUUUCUACAACUGCAGAACAAACAACAACAGGAGUACCAACUACGACGGUAGAGGCCACUACUACCCAAGAUGCAGUCACAACAACGAUUAAACAAACAAUGUCAACUGAUGCUCCUACUACCACUGCAUAUCAAACGAGCACUUCUGAAAGGCUUUCUACAACUGCAGAACAAACAACAACAGGAGUACCAACAACGACAGUAGAAGCCACUAGUUCACCAGAAGCAGUCACAACAACAAUAGAACAAACAACGUCAACUGAUGCUCCUACUACCACUGCAUAUCAAACGAGCACUUCUGAAAGGCUUUCUACAACUGCAGAACAAACAACAACAGGAGUACCAACUACGACGGUAGAGGCCACUACUACCCCAGAAGCAGUCACAACAACAAUAGAACAAACGACUUCAACUGAAACUCCUACUACAACUGUAGAGCAAUCUACUACGUCUGAAGUUCUUUCAACAACUGCAGAACUAACAACAACAGGAGCGCCAACUACGACAAUAGAGACAACUUCUACAACGGAAGAAGUAACAACCACUGUAGUACAAACAACGUCAACUAAAGCUCCAACAACCACUGCAGAGCAAACAAAAACUUCUGAAAUUCUCUCAACAACUGCAGAUCAGACGACAACAGGGGCACAAACUACGACAGAACAGGCCACUGCUACAACAGAAGUGGCCACAACAACAGUAGAACAAACAACGUCAACUGAAGAUCCUACUACCACUGUAUAUCAAACGAGCACUUCUGAAGUCAUUUCAACAACUGCAGAACAAUCAACAACAGGAGUACCAACUACGUCGAUAGAGACAACUUUUACAACGGAAGCAGUAACAACUACUGUAGAACAAACAACGUCAACUGAAGCUCCAACAACCACUGCAGGGCAAACAACAACUUCUGGAAUUCUCUCAACAACUGCAGAUCAGACGACAACAGGGGCACAAACUACGACAGAACAGGCCACUGCUACAACAGAAGUGGUCACAACAACAGUAGAACAAACAACGUCAACUGAAGCUCCUACUACCACUGAAGAGCAAACUACUUCUGCUGAAGCCCUUUCAACAACUGCAGAACAAACUACAACACGGACACAAACAACGACGGAACAGGCCACUACUACCUCGGAAGCAGAUACAACAACAGUAGAAAAAACAACAUCAACUGAUGAUCCUAUUACCACUGCAUACGAAACGAGCACUUCUGAAGCCAUUUCAACAACUGCAGAACAAACAACAACAGGAGUACCAACUACGACAGUAGAAGCCACUACUUCACCAGAAGCAGUCACAACAACAAUAGAACAAACAACGUCAACUGAUGCUCCUACUACCACUGCAUAUCAAACGAGCACUUCUGAAAGGCUUUCUACAACUGCAGAACAAACAACAACAGGAGUACCAACUACGACGGUAGAGGCCACUACUACCCAAGAUGCAGUCACAACAACGAUUAAACAAACAAUGUCAACUGAUGCUACUACUACCACUGCAUAUCAAACGAGCACUGCUGAAGCGCUUUCUACAACUGCAGAACAAACAACAACAGGAGUACCAACUACGACGGUAGAGGCCACUACUACCCCAGAAGCAGUCACAACAACAAUAGAACAAACGACUUCAACUGAAACUCCUACUACAACUGUAGAGCAAUCUACUACCUCUGAAGCUCUUUCAACAACUGCAGAACUAACAACAACAGGAGCGCCAACUACGACAAUAGAGACAACUUCUACAACGGAAGAAGUAACAACCACUGUAGUACAAACAACGUCAACUAAAGCUCCAACAACCACUGCAGAGCAAACAAAAACUUCUGAAAUUCUCUCAACAACUGCAGAUCAGACGACAACAGGGGCACAAACUACGACAGAACAGGCCACUGCUACAACAGAAGUGGCCACAACAACAGUAGAACACACAGCGUCAACUGAAGAUCCUACUACCACUGUAUAUCAAACGAGCACUUCUGAAGCCAUUUCAACAACUGCAGAACAAUCAACAACAGGAGUACCAACUACGUCGAUAGAGACAACUUUUACAACGGAAGCAGUAACAACUACUGUAGAACAAACAACGUCAACUGAAGCUCCAACAACCACUGCAGGGCAAACAACAACUUCUGGAAUUCUCUCAACAAUUGCAGAUCAGACGACAACAGGGGCACAAACUACGACAGAACAGGCCACUGCUACAACAGAAGUGGUCACAACAACAGUAGAACAAACAACGUCAACUGAAGCUCCUACUACCACUGAAGAGCAAACUACUUCUGCUGAAGCCCUUUCAACAACUGCAGAACAAACUACAACACGGGCACAAACAACGACGGAACAGGCCACUACUACCUCGGAAGCAGAUACAACAACAGUAGAAAAAACAACAUCAACUGAAGAUCCUAUUACCACUGCAUACGAAACGAGCACUUCUGAAGCCAUUUCAACAACUGCAGAACAAACAACAACAGGAGUACCAACUACGACAGUAGAAGCCACUACUUCACCAGAAGCAGUCACAACAACAAUAGAACAAACAACGUCAACUGAUGCUCCUACUACCACUGCAUAUCAAACGAGCACUUCUGAAAGGCUUUCUACAACUGCAGAACAAACAACAACAGGAGUACCAACUACGACGAUAGAGGCCACUACUACCCAAGAUGCAGUCACAACAACGAUUAAACAAACAAUGUCAACUGAUGCUCCUACUACCACUGCAUAUCAAACGAGCACUGCUGAAGCGCUUUCUACAACUGCAGAACAAACAACAACAGGAGUACCAACUACGACGGUAGAGGCCACUACUACCCCAGAAGCAGUCACAACAACAAUCGAACAAACGACUUCAACUGAAACUCCUACUACAACUGUAGAGCAAUCUACUACGUCUGAAGCUCUUUCAACAACUGCAGAACUUACAACAACAGGAGCGCUAACUACGACAAUAGAGACAACUUCUACAACGGAAGAAGUAACAACCACUGUAGUACAAACAACGUCAACUAAAGCUCUAACAACCACUGCAGAGCAAACAAAAACUUCUGAAAUUCUCUCAACAACUGCAGAUCAGACGACAACAGGGGCACAAACUACGACAGAACAGGCCACUGCUACAACAGAAGUGGCCACAACAACAGUAGAACAAACAACGUCAACUGAAGAUCCUACUACCACUGUAUAUCAAACGAGCACUUCUGAAGCCAUUUCAACAACUGCAGAACAAUCAACAACAGGAGUACCAACUACGUCGAUAGAGACAACUUUUACAACGGAAGCUGUAACAACUACUGUAGAACAAACAACGUCAACUGAAGCUCCAACAACCACUGCAGGGCAAACAACAACUUCUGGAAUUCCCUCAACAACUGCAGAUCAGACGACAACAGGGGCACAAACUACGACAGAACAGGCCACUGCUACAACAGAAGUGGUCACAACAACAGUAGAACAAACAACAUCAACUGAAGCUCCUACUACCACUGAAGAGCAAACUACUUCUGCUGAAGCCCUUUCAACAACUGCAGAACAAACUACAACACGGGCACAAACAACGACGGAACAGGCCACUACUACCUCGGAAGCAGAUACAACAACAGUAGAAAAAACAACAUCAACUGAUGAUCCUAUUACCACUGCAUACAAAACGAGCACUUCUGAAGCCAUUUCAACAACUGCAGAACAAACAACAACAGGAGUACCAACUACGACAGUAGAAGCCACUAUUUCACCAGAAGCAGUCACAACAACAAUAGAACAAUCAACGUCAACUGAUGCUCCUACUACCACUGCAUACAAAACAAGCACUUCUGAAGGCAUUUCAACAACUGCAGAACUAACAACAACAGGAGCGCCAACUACGACGAUAGAGACAACUUCUACAACGGAAGCAGUAACAACUACUGUAAAACAAACAACGUCAACUGAAGCUCCAACAACCACUGCAGAGCAAACAACUUCUGAAAUUCUCUCAACAACUGCAGAUCAGACGACAACAGGGGCACAAACUACGACAGAACAGGCCACUGCUACAACAGAAGUGGUCACAACAACAGUAGAACAAACAAUUUCAACUGAAGCUCCUACUACCACUAAAGAGCAAACUACUUCUCCUGAAGCCCUUUCAACAACUGCAGAACAAACUACAACAAGGGCACAAACUACGACGGAACAGGCCGCUACAACCUCGGAAGCAGAUACAACAACAGUAGAAAAAACAACAUCAACUGAUGCUCCUACUACCACUGCAUACGAAACGAGCAGUUCUGAAGCCAUUUCAACAACUGCAGAACAAACAACAACAGGAGUACCAACUACGACGGUAGAGGCCACUACUACCCCAGACGCAGUCACAACAACAAUAGAACAAACGACUUCAACUGAAACUCCUAUUACAACUGUAGAGCAAUCUACUACGUAUGAAGCGCUUUCAACAACCGCAGAACAAACAACAACAGGAGCGCCAACUACGACGAUAGAGACAACUUCUACAACGGAAGCAGUAACAACUACUGUAAAACAAACAACGUCAACUGAAGCUCCAACAACCACUGCAGAGCAAACAACUUCUGAAAUUCUCUCAACAACUGCAGAUCAGACGACAACAGGGGCACAAACUACGACAGAACAGGCCACUGCUACAACAGAAGUGGUCACAACAACAGUAGAACAAACAAUUUCAACUGAAGCUCCUACUACCACUAAAGAGCAAACUACUUCUCCUGAAGCCCUUUCAACAACUGCAGAACAAACUACAACAAGGGCACAAACUACGACGGAACAGGCCGCUACAACCUCGGAAGCAGAUACAACAACAGUAGAAAAAACAACAUCAACUGAUGAUCCUAUUACCUCUGCAUACAAAACGAGCACUUCUGAAGCCAUUUCAACAACUGCAGAACAAACAACAACAGGAGUACUAACUACGACAGUAGAAGCCACUAUUUCACCAGAAGCAGUCACAACAACAAUAGAACAAACAACGUCAACUGAUGCUCCUACUACCACUGCAUAUCAAACGAACACUUCUGAAAGGCUUUCUACAACUGCAGAACAAACAACAACAGGAGUACCAACUACGACGGUAGAGGCCACUACUACCCCAGAAGCAGUCACAACAACAAUAGAACAAACGACUUCAACUGAAACUCCUACUACCACUGUAGUGAAAGCUACUACUUCUGAAGCGCUUUCAAUAACUGCAGAACCAACAACAACAGGAACGCCAGCUACGACGAAAGAGGCAACUUCUACAACGGAAGCAGUAACAACAACGUCGGAAGCAGAUACAACUACAAUAGAACAAACAACGUCAACUGAUGCUCCUACUACCACUGCAUACAAAACAAGCACUUCUGAAGGCAUUUCAACAACUGCAGAACUAACAACAACAGGAGCGCCAACUACGACGAUAGAGACAACUUCUACAACGGAAGCAGUAACAACUACUGUAAAACAAACAACGUCAACUGAAGCUCCAACAACCACUGCAGAGCAAACAACUUCUGAAAUUCUCUCAACAACUGCAGAUCAGACGACAACAGGGGCACAAACUACGACAGAACAGGCCACUGCUACAACAGAAGUGGUCACAACAACAGUAGAACAAACAACGUCAACUGAAGCUCCUACUACCACUGAAGAGCAAACUACUUCUCCUGAAGCCCUUUCAACAACUGCAGAACAAACUACAACAAGGGCACAAACUACGACGGAACAGGCCGCUACAACCUCGGAAGCAGAUACAACAACAGUAGAAAAAACAACAUCAACUGAUGCUCCUACUACCACUGCAUAUCAAACGAGCACUUCUGAAAGGCUUUCUACAACUGCAGAACAAACAACAACAGGAGUACCAACUACGACGGUAGAGGCCACUACUACCCAAGAUGCAGUCACAACAACGAUUAAACAAACAAUGUCAACUGAUGCUCCUACUACCACUGCAUAUCAAACGAGCACUUCUGCAGCCAUUUCAACAACUGCAGAACAAACAACAACAGGAGUACCAACUACGACGGUAGAGGCCACUACUACCCCAGACGCAGUCACAACAACAAUAGAACAAACGACUUCAACUGAAACUCCUAUUACAACUGUAGAGCAAGCUACUUCGUCUGAAGCGCUUUCAACAACUGCAGAACAAACAUCAACAGGAGCGCCAACUACGACGAUAGAGACAACUUCUACAACGGAAGCAGUAACAACUACUGUAGAACAAACAACGUCAACUGAAGCUCCAACAACCACUGCAGAGCAAACAACAACUUCUGAAAUUCUCUCAACAACUGCAGAUCAGACGACAACAGGGGUACAAAGAACGACAGAACAGGCCACUGCUACAACAGAAGUGGUCACAACAACAGUUGAACAAACAACGUCAACUGAAGCUCCUACUACCACUGAAGAGCAAACUACUUCUCCUGAAGCCCUUUCAACAACUGCAGAACAAACUACAACAAGGGCACAAACUACGAUGGAACAGGCCACUACUACCUCGGAAGCAGAUACAACAACAGUAGAAAAAACAACAUCAACUGAUGCUCCUACUACCACUGCAUACCAAACGAGCACUUCUGAAGCCAUUUCAACAACUGCAGAACAAACAACAACAGGAGUACCAACUACGACGGUAGAGGCCUCUACUACCCCAGAAGCAGUCACAACAACAAUAAAACAAACGACUUCAACUGAAACUCUUCCUACAACUGUAGAGCAAGCUACUACGUCUGAAGCGCUUUCAACAACUGCAGAACAAACAUCAAGAGGAGCGCCAACUACGACGAAAGUAACAACUUCUACAACGGAAGCAGUAACAACUACUGUAGAACAAACAACGUCAACUGAAGCUCCAACAACCACUGCAGAGCAAACAACUUCUGAAAUUCUCUCAACAACUGUAGAUCAGACGACAACAGGGGCACAAACUACGACAGAACAGGCCACUGCUACAACAGAAGUGGUCACAACAACAGUAGAACAAACAACGUCAACUGAAACUCCUACUACCACUGUAGAGCAAGCUACUACUUCUGAAGCGCUUUCAACAACUGCAGAACAAACAACAACAGGAACGCCAACUACGACGAAAGAGGCAACUUCUACAACGGAAGCAUUUACAACAACGCCAGAAGCAGAUACAACUACAAUAGAACAAUCAACGUCAACUGUUGCUCCUACUACCACUGCAUACCAAACGAGAACUUCUGAAGCCAUUUCAACAACUGCAGAACAAACAACAACAGGAGUACCAGCUACGACCGUAGAGGCAACUACUACCCAAGAAGCAGUCACAACAACGAUCAAACAAACAACGUCAACUGAUGCUCUUACUACCACUGCAUACCAAACGAGCACUUCUGAAGCGCUUUCUACAACUGCAGAACAAACAACAACAGGAGUACCAACUACGACAGUAGAGACCACUACUACCCCAGAAGCAGUCACAACAACAAUAGAACAAACGACUUCAACUGAAACUCCUACUACCACUGUAGAGCAAGCUACUACUUCUGAAGCGCUUUCAACAACUGCAGAACAAAAAACAACAGGAACGCCAACUACGACGAAAGAGGCAACUUCUACAAAGGAAGCAGUAACAACAACGUCGGAAGCAGAUACAACAAUAUUAGAACAAACAACGUCAACUGAUGCUCCUACUACCACUGCAUACAAAAUAAGCACUUCUGAAGGCAUUUCAACAACUGCAGAACAAACAACAACAGGAGUACCAACUACGAAGGUAGAGACCACUACUACCACAGAAGCAGUCACAACAACAAUAGAACAAACGACUUCAACUGAAACUCCUACAACUACUGAAGUGCAAACUACUACUCCUGAAGCCCUUUCAACAACUGCAGAACAAACAACAACAAGGGAACAAACUACGACGGAACAGGCCACUACUACCUUGGAAGCAAAUACAACAACAGUAGAACAAACAACGUCAACUGAAGCUCCUACUACAUUUGAAGUGGACACUACUACUCCUGAAGCCCUUUCAACAACUGCAAAACAAACAACAACAAGGGAACAAACUACGACCGAACAGGCCACUACUACCUUGGAAGCAGAUACAACAAUUUUCGAACAAACGACGUCAACUGAUGCUUCUACUACCACUGCAUACCAAACGAGCACGUCUGAAGCCCUUUCAACAACUGCAGAACAAACAAGAACAGGAGAACAAACUACAACUGUAGAAAACACUACUACACCGGAAGGAGUCACAACAGUAGAACAAACGACUUCAACUGAAACGCCUACUACCACUGAAUACCAAACUACUACUUCUGAAUCCCACUCAACAAAUGCAGAACAAACAUCAGUAGAGGCAACUACUUUAACAGAAUCUGGUACAACAAUUCUAGUCCAAACUACAACAGCAGGAGAAAUAACAAGUGCCGAACAAAAUACAACAGUUGGACAAACUACAGGUGACGAACAAACUACCACUUCAGGAGCUUUUUCAACAACAUCAAGAAAAACAGCAAAAGAAGCUCCAACUUUAACAAUAGAGGCCACAACAACAACAGAAGCUGUUACUACAAGUGUAGAGGAGACAACUAGUACUGAAGCAUCGACAACGACUUCAGAUAAAACCAUAACGUCUGAGCCCCCGACUACAACCGAAGAACAAAUUACAACUUCUCAUGUCCAAACCACAACAGCUGAAGAAACUAUAAGUGGACAACACACUACCACUUCUGAUAAUCCUACUACAACUGCUCAACAAUAUUCCUCUUCUGAAUCAUUGUCUACAACUGCUAGUGAAACAACAAGAGAUAUUCAAACUACGACGACAGAGGCUUCUACUACAAUGGAAGCGGUCACAACAACAUUUGAUCAAUCAACCCCAAUUGAAGCUACUUCUGUAACUGUAGGACAAAUUUCCACCACUGAAGCUCUCUCUAAAACUGCAGAAGUAACAACAACUAAAGCCCAAACUUCCACAAUGAUAGCCACUACUUCAACAGAAGGUGUUACUACAAGUAUAGAGGAAACAUCUAGUACUCUAGCUUCUACUACGACUUCCGGUAAAACCACUAAGUAUGAGGUCCCAUCUACAACGACAGAACGAAGAACAACUUCUUUAGUUCAGACAACAACAGCAGAUGAUACUGCCACUACACAACAAACUACAACUACUGAAACUCCUAUUACAACUGCUCAACAAUAUUCCACUUCUGAAUCUUUCUCUACUACUGCAAAUAAAACAACAAUAGAGAUUCAUACUACGACAAUAGAGGCCACGACACAAAAGGAACCAGUUACAAAUUCCGAGCAAACAUCGUCCAUUGAAGCUCGUACUCCAACUACUGCAGCAAUUUCCAAUACCGAAACUUCAACAAUAGAGGCCUCUACUUCAACAAAAGCUGUUACAACAAAUAUAGUCCUAACUACAACAGCAGGAGAAACAACAAGUUCCGAACAAAAUACAGCAGCUGAAAAAACUUCAAAUGGCGAACAAACUACCACUUCAGGAGCUCUUGUAACAACAUCAAGAAAAACAGCAAAAGAAGCUCCAACUUCAACAAUAGAGGCCACAACAACAACAGAAGCUGUGACUACAAGAGUAGAGGAGACAACUAGUAUUGAAGCUUCGACAACGACUUCAGAUAAAACCAUAACGUCUGAGCCCCCAACUACAACCGAAGAACAAAUUACAACUUCUCAUGUCCAAACCACAACAGCUGAGGAAACUAUGAGUGCACAACACACUACCACUUCUGAUUCUCCUACUACAACUACUCAACAAUAUUCCUCUUCUAAAUCUUUGUCUACAACUGCUAGUGAAACAACAAGAGAUAUUCAAACUACGACGACAGAGGCUUCUACUACAAUGGAAGCGGUCACAACAACAUUUGAUCAAUCAACCCCAAUUGAAGAAACUUCUGUAACUGCAGAACAAACUUCCACUACUGAAGCUCUCUCUACAACUGCAGAACUAAAAACAACUAACGCCCAAACCUCCACAAUGAAGGCCACUACUUUAACAGAGGGUGUAACUACAAGUAUAGAGGAAACAUCUAGUACUGAAGCUUCGACUACGACUUCCGCUAAAACCACUACGUCUGAGCUCCCAUCUACAACGACAGAACGAAGAACAACUUCUCUAGUUCAGACAACAACAGCAGAUGAUACUGCCACUACGCAACAAACUACAACUACUGAUACUCCUAUUACAACUGCUCAACAAUAUUCCACUUCUGAAUCUUUCUCUUCUACUGCAAAUAAAACAACAAUAGAGAUUCAUACUACGACGAUAGAGGCAACGACACAAAAGGAACCAGUUACAAAUUCCGAGGAAACAUCGUCCAUUGAAGCUCGUACUCCAACUACUGCAGCAAUUUCCAAUACCGAAACUUCAACAAUAGAGGCCUCUACUUCAACAAAAGCUGUUACAACAAAUGUAGUCCUAACUACAACAGCAGGAGAAACAACAAGUUCCGAACAAAAUACAGCAUCUGAAAAAACUUCAAAUGGCGAACAAACUACCACUUCGGGAGCUCUUGUAACAACAUCAAGAAAAACAGCAAAAGAAGCUCCAACUUCAACAAUAGAGGCCACAACAACAACAGAAGCUGUUACUACAAGUGUAGAGGAGACAACUAGUACUGAAGCUUCGACAACGACUUCAGAUAAAACCAUAACGUCUGAGCCCCCGACUUCAACCGAAGAACAAAUUACAACUUCUCAUGUCCAAACCACAACGGCUGAAGAAACUAUAAGUGGACAACACACUACCACUUCUGAUAAUCCUACUACAACUGCUCAACAAUAUUCCUCUUCUGAAUCUUUGUCUACAACUGCUAGUGAAACAACAAGAGAUAUUCAAACUACGACGACAGAGGCUUCUACUACAAUGGAAGCGGUCACACCAACAUUUGAUCAAUCAAACCCAAUUGAAGCUACUUCUGUAACUGUAGGACAAAUUUCCACCACUGAAGCUCUCUCUAAAACUGCAGAAGUAACAACAACUAAAGCCCAAACUUCCACAAUGAUAGCCACUACUUCAACAGAAGGUGUUACUACAAGUAUAGAGGAAACAUCUAGUACUCUAGCUUCUACUACGACUUCCGGUAAAACCACUAAGUAUGAGGUCCCAUCUACAACGACAGAACGAAGAACAACUUCUUUAGUUCAGACAACAACAGCAGAUGAUACUGCCACUACACAACAAACUACAACUACUGAAACUCCUAUUACAACUGCUCAACAAUAUUCCACUUCUGAAUCUUUCUCUACUACUGCAAAUAAAACAACAAUAGAGAUUCAUACUACGACAAUAGAGGCCACGACACAAAAGGAACCAGUUACAAAUUCCGAGCAAACAUCGUCCAUUGAAGCUCGUACUCCAACUACUGCAGCAAUUUCCAAUACCGAAACUUCAACAAUAGAGGCCUCUACUUCAACAAAAGCUGUUACAACAAAUAUAGUCCUAACUACAACAGCAGGAGAAACAACAAGUUCCGAACAAAAUACAGCAGCUGAAAAAACUUCAAAUGGCGAACAAACUACCACUUCAGGAGCUCUUGUAACAACAUCAAGAAAAACAGCAAAAGAAGCUCCAACUUCAACAAUAGAGGCCACAACAACAACAGAAGCUGUGACUACAAGAGUAGAGGAGACAACUAGUAUUGAAGCUUCGACAACGACUUCAGAUAAAACCAUAACGUCUGAGCCCCCAACUACAACCGAAGAACAAAUUACAACUUCUCAUGUCCAAACCACAACAGCUGAGGAAACUAUGAGUGCACAACACACUACCACUUCUGAUUCUCCUACUACAACUACUCAACAAUAUUCCUCUUCUAAAUCUUUGUCUACAACUGCUAGUGAAACAACAAGAGAUUUUCAAACUACGACGACAGAGGCUUCUACUACAAUGGAAGCGGUCACAACAACAUUUGAUCAAUCAACCCCAAUUGAAGAAACUUCUGUAACUGCAGAACAAACUUCCACUACUGAAGCUCUCUCUACAACUGCAGAACUAAAAACAACUAACGCCCAAACUUCCACAAUGAAGGCCACUACUUUAACAGAGGGUGUAACUACAAGUAUAGAGGAAACAUCUAGUACUGAAGCUUCGACUACGACUUCCGAUAAAACCACUACGUCUGAGGUCCCAUCUACAACGACAGAACGAAGAACAACUUCUCUAGUUCAGACAACGACAGCAGAUGAUACUGCCAAUACGCAACAAACUACAACUACUGAAACUCCUAUUACAACUGCUCAACAAUAUUCCACUUCUGAAUCUUUCUCUUCUACUGCAAAUAAAACAACAAUAGAGAUUCAUACUACGACGAUAGAGGCAACGACACAAAAGGAACCAGUUACAAAUUCCGAGCAAACAACGUCCAUUGAAGCUCGUACUCCAACUACUGAAGCAAUUUCCAAUACCGAAACUUCAACAAUAGAGGCCUCUACUUCAACAAAAGCUGUUACAACAAAUGUAGUCCUAACUACAACAGCAGGAGAAACAACAAGUUCCGAACAAAAUACAGCAGCUGAAGAAACUACAAAUGGCGAACAAACUACCACUUCAGGAGCUCUUGUAACAACAUCAAGAAAAACAGCAAAAGAAGCUCCAACUUCAACAAUAGAGGCCACAACAACAACAGAAGCUGUUACUACAAGUGUAGAGGAGACAACUAGUACUGAAGCUUCGACAACGACUUCAGAUAAAACCAUAACGUCUGAGCCCCCGACUACAACCGAAGAACAAAUUACGACUUCUCAUGUCCAAACCACAACGGCUGAAGAAACUAUAAGUGGACAACACACUACCACUUCUGAUACUCCUACUACAACUACUGAACAAUAUUCCUCUUCUGAAUCUUUGUCUACAACUGCUAGUGAAACAACAAGAGAUAUUCAAACUACGACGACAGUGGCUUCUACUACAAUGGAAGCGGUCACAACAACAUUUGAUCAAUCAACCCCAAUUGAAGCUACUUCUGUAACUGUAGGACAAAUUUCCACCACUGAAGCUCUCUCUAAAACUGCAGAAGUAACAACAACUAAAGCCCAAACUUCCACAAUGAUAGCCACUACUUCAACAGAAGGUGUUACUACAAGUAUAGAGGAAACAUCUAGUGCUCUAGCUUCUACUACGACUUCCGGUAAAACCACUAAGUCUGAGGUCCCAUCUACAACGACAGAACGAAAAACAACUUCUUUAGUUCAGACAACAACAGCAGAUAAUACUGCCACUACACAACAAACUACAACUACUGAAACUCCUAUUACAACUGCUCAACAAUAUUCCACUUCUGAAUCUUUCUCUACUACAGCUAAUAAAACAACAAUAGAGAUUCAUACUACGACGAUAGAAGCCACGACACAAAAGGAACCAGUUACAAAUUCCGAGGAAACAUCGUCCAUUGAAGCUCGUACUCCAACUACUGAAGCAAUUUCCAAUACCGAAACUUCAACAAGAGAGGCCUCUACUUCAACAAAAGCUGUUACAACAAAUGUAGUCCUAACUACAACAGCAGGAGAAACAACAAGUUCCGAACAAAAUACAGCAGCCGAAGAAACAUCAAAUGGCGAACAAACUACCACUUCAGGAGCUCUUGUAACAACAUCAAGAAAAACAGCAAAAGAAGCUCCAACUUCAACAAUAGAGGCCACAACAACAACAGAAGCUGUUACUACAAGUGUAGAGGAGACAACUAGUACUGAAGCUUCGACAACGACUUCAGAUAAAACCAUAACGUCUGAGCCCCCAACUACAACCGAAGAACAAAUUACAACUUCUCAUGUCCAAACCACAACAGCUGAGGAAACUAUGAGUGCACAACACACUACCACUUCUGAUACUCCUACUACAACUACUGAACAAUAUUCCUCUUCUAAAUCUUUGUCUACAUCUGCUAGUGAAACAACAAGAGAUAUUCAAACUACGACGACAGAGGCUUCUACUACAAUGGAAGCGGUCACAACAACAUUUGAUCAAUCAACCCCAAUUGAAGAAACUUCUGUAACUGCAGAACAAACUUCCACUACUGAAGCUCUCUCUACAAAUGCAGAACUAACAAAAGCUUACGCCCAAACUUCCACAAUGAAGGCCACUACUUCAACAGAGGAUGUAACUACAAGUAUAGAGGAAACAUCUAGUACUGAAGCUUCGACUACGACUUCCGAUAAAACCACUACGUCUGAGCUCCCAUCUACAACGACAGAACGAAGAACAACUUCUCUAGUUCAGACAACAACAGCAGAUGAUACUUCCACUACGCAACAAACUACAACUACUGAAACUCCUAUUACAACUGCUCAACAAUAUUCCACUUCUGAAUCUUUCUCUUCUACUGCAAAUAAAACAACAAUAGAGAUUCAUACUACGACGAUAGAGGCAACGACACAAAAGGAACCAGUUACAAAUUCCGAGCAAACAUCGUCCAUUGAAGCUCGUACUCCAACUACUGCAGCAAUUUCCAAUACCGAAACUUCAACAAUAGAGGCCUCUACUUCAACAAAAGCUGUUACAACAAAUGUAGUCCUAACUACAACAGCAGGAGAAACAACAAGUUCCGAACAAAAUACAGCAGCUGAAGAAACUACAAAUGCCGAACAAACUACCACUUCAGGAGCUCUUGUAACAACAUCAAGAAAAACAGCAAAAGAAGCUCCAACUUCAACAAUAGAGGCCACAACAACAGAAGCUGUUACUACAAGUGUAGAGGAGAAAACUAGUAUUGAAGCUUCGACAACGACUUCAGAUAAAACCACAACGUCUGAGCCCCCGACUACAACCGAAGAACAAAUGACAACUUCUCAUGUCCAAACCACAACGGCUGAAGAAACUAUAAGUGGACAACACACUACCACUUCUGAUAAUCCUACUACAACUGCUCAACAAUAUUCCUCUUCUGAAUCUUUGUCUACAACUGCUAGUGAAACAACAAGAGAUAUUCAAACUACGACGACAGAGGCUUCUACUACAAUGGAAGCGGUCACAACAACAUUUGAUCAAUCAACCCCAAUUGAAGCUACUUCUGUAACUGUAAGACAAAUUUCCACCACUGAAGCUCUCUCUAAAACUGCAGAAGUAACAACAACUAAAGCCCAAACUUCCAGAAUGAUAGCCCCUUUUUCAACAGAAGGUGUUACUACAAGUAUAGAGGAAACAUCUAGUGCUCUAGCAUCUACUACGACUUCCGGCAAAACCACUAAGUCUGAGGUCCCAUCUACAACGACAGAACGAAGAACAACUUCUUUAGUUCAGACAACAACAGCAGAUUAUACUGCCACUGCACAACAAACUACAACUACUGAUACUCCUUUUACAACUGCUCAACAAUAUUCCUCUUCUGAAUCUUUCUCUACUACUGCAAAUAAAACAACAAUAGAGAUUCAUACUACGACGAUAGAGGCCACGACACAAAAGGAACCAGUUACAAAUUCCGAGCAAACAUCGUCCAUUGAAGCUCGUACUCCAACUACUGAAGCAAUUUCCAAUACCGAAACUUCAACAAUAGAGGCCUCUACUUCAACAAAAGCUGUUACAACAAAUGUAGUCCUAACUACAACAGCAGGAGAAACAACAAGUUCCGAACAAAAUACAGCAGCUGAAGAAACUACAAAUGCCGAACAAACUACCACUUCAGGAGCUCUUGUAACAACAUCAAGAAAAACAGCAAAAGAAGCUCCAACUUCAACAAUGGAGGCCACUACAACAACAGAAGCUGUGACUGCAAGUGUAGAGGAGACAACUAGUACUGAAGCUUCGACACCGACUUCAGAUAAAACCAUAACGUCUGAGCCCCCGACUACAACCGAGGAACAAAUUACAACUUCUCAUGUCCAAACCACAACAGCUGAGGAAACUAUGAGUGCACAACACACUACCACUUCUGAUACUCCUACUACAACUACUCAACAAUAUUCCUCUUCUGAAUCUUUGUCUACAACUGCUAGUGAAACAACAAGAGAUAUUCAAACUACGACGACAGAGGCUUCUACUACAAUGGAAGCGGUCACAACAACAUUUGAUCAAUCAACCCCAAUUGAAGAAACUUCUGUAGCUGCAGAACAAACUUCCACUACUGCAGCUCUCUCUACAACUGCAGAACUAAAAACAACUAACGCCCAAACUUCCACAAUGAAGGCCACUACUUUAACAGAGGGUGUAACUACAAGUAUAGAGGAAACAUCUAGUACUGAAGUUUCGACUACGACUUCCGAUAAAACCACUACGUCUGAGCUCCCAUCUACAACGACAGAACGAAGAACAACUUCUCUAGUUCAGACAACAACAGCAGAUAAUACUGCCACUACACAACAAACUACAACUACUGAAUCUCCUAUUACAACUGCUCAACAAUAUUCCACUUCUGAAUCUUUCUCUACUACUGCAAAUGAUACAACAAUAAAGAUUCAUACUACGAUGAUAGAGGCCACGACACAAAAGGAACCAGUAACAACUUCGUCCAAUGAAGCUUGUACUCAAACUACUGAAGCAAUUUCCAAUACCGAAACUUCAACAAUAGAAGCUGUUACGACUAUAGUCAAAACUACAACAGCAGGAGAAACAACAAGUUCCGAACUAAACACAACAUCCGAAGAAACUACAAGUGGCGAACAAACUACCACUGCAGAGGUUAUCUCAACAACUGCAAGAAAAACAGCAAAAGAAGCUCCAACUUCAACAAUAGAGGCCACUACUUCAACAGAAGCUAUUACUACAAGUGUAGAGGAAAAAAAUAGUACUGCUUUCACUACAGUUGAAAAACAAUCUACAACUGUUUAUGCCUCAACUCCAACUGCAAAACACACUACAGGUAACCAUCAAAGAAUCGAUACCACUAAUGAAACUCCUUUUACAACAUCGAAACAAAUGACUUCUUCUGAAGCUACCUCUACACCUGCUAGAGAGACAAUAGCAGAUCUUCAAACGACGACGGUAGAGAACACGUCUACAUUGGAAGCAGUUACAACAACGUUAACUGAAGAUUCUACUCCAACUGCAAAACAAACUUCAACCACUGAAGCACUUACUUCUACAACAGAAGACCACAUAACUACAAAUGAUUUGCUUACUACAACUUUCGUACAAAUUUUAAGCACGGAACUCCAAUCUACAACAGCAAAACAUUCUACAACUCUGACUCUGACUACCACUGCAACACAAACUAACGCCUCUGAAACCCUGUCAAUAAAUUUUGCUGCUACUUCCACUCCAGAAAUAUCAUCCACCACUGUAGCUCCAACUUCGAUAGUCGAAUAUACUACCUCAGCUCAGGUUGACAGUUCAACUGCGGAUCAAACGGCUACAACUUUGCCAUUGACAGUCACUACAUCGCCAGAGGCAAACACCGACGGUACAACCGUCUCUCAGUCUACUGAUACUACACUGUCCAGCGCCGACGGGACAACUGUUUUUCAAACUACUGGCACUACAGCUGAGACAACAACUGGCACAGCCCCAGUCAUAAUAUCCGCAGAGAUAAGCACUGAAGGUACAACUGUCUCUCAGACUACUGAUACUACGCUGUCCAGCACCGAAGGUACAACCGUCUCUCAGACUACUGAUAUAACUCUGUCCAGCACUAAAGGAACAACUGUUUCUCAAACUACUGGCGCAACUGCUGAGACAACAGCUAUCACAGCCGCUGCCAAAACUUCGACAGUGACCACCACCGAAGGUACAACGGUCUCUAAGACUACUGAUAAUACACUGUCCAGCACCGAUGAAACAACUGUUUCUCAAACUACUGGCAGUACAACUGAGACAACGACUGUCACAGCCGCAACCACAACUUCGACAGUGACCAGCACCGAAGGUACAACGGUCUCUCAGACUACUGAUAAUACACUGUCCAGCACCGAUGAAACAACUGUUUCUCAAACUACUGGCACUACAGCUGAUACAACUAUUGUUACAGCCGCAGACACAACUUCGCCAUUCAAAAGCACCGAAGGCACAACUUUUUCCGAGACUACGAAUACUUCGCAGUCCACCACCGAAGGUACCAAAGUCUCCCCAACUACGGGCACAACAGCUGAGACGACGACUGACACAGCCGCAGUCACAACAUCGCCAGAGACAAGCACCGAAGAUAAAACGGUCUCUCAGAGUACUAAUACUGCGCAGUCCAGCACCGACGGUACAACCAUCACUCAGACUACUGAUACUAUACUGUCCAGCACCGAAGGUACAACUGUCUCACAGACUACUGAUACGACAAUGUCCAGCAUCGAAGGAACAACUGUUUCUCAAACUACUGCCGCAACAACUAUCACAGCCGCAGCAACAACUGAGACAGUGACCAGCACCGAAGGUACAACGGUCUCUCAGACUACUGAUAAUACACUGUCCAGCACCGAUAGAACAACUGUUUCUCAAACUACUGGCACAACAGCUGAGACAACGACCGGCACAACCCCAGUCAAAACAUCGCCAGAGAUAAGCACUGAAGGUACAACUGUCUUUCAGACUACUGAUACUACGCUGUCCAGCACCGAAGGUACAACCGUCUCUCAGACUACUGAUACAACUCUGUCCAGCACUAAAGGAACAACUGUUUCUCAAACUACUGGCGCAACAGCUGAGACAACAACUAUCACAGCCCCAGCCCCAACUUCGACUGUGACUAGCACCGAAGGUACAACGGUUUCUCAGACUACUGGUACAACUCUGUCCAGCACUAAAGGGACAACUGUUUCUCAAACUACUGCCGCAACAACUGAGACAACAACUAUCAUAGUCGCAGCCACAACUUCGACAGUGACCACCACCGAAGGUACAACGGUCUCUCAGACUACUGAUAAUACACUGUCCAGCACCGACGGAACAACUGUUACUCAAACUACUGGCACAACAGCUGAGAUAACGACCGGCACAGCCCCAGUCAUAACAUCGCCAGAGAUAAGCACUAAAGGUACAACUGUCUUUCAGACUACUGAUACAACUCUGUCCAGAUCUAAAGGAACAACUGUUUCUCAAACUACUGGCGCAACAGCUGAGACAACAACUAUCACAGCCCCAGCCCCAACUUCGACAGUGACCAGCACCGAAGGUACAACGGUCUCUCAGACUACUGAUACAACUCUGUCCAGCACUAAAGGAACAACUGUUUCUCAAACUACUGCCGCAACAACUGAGACAACAACUAUCACAGCCGCAGCCCCAACUUCGACAGUGACCAGCACCGAAGGUACAACGGUCUCUCAGACUACUGAUACAACUCUGUCCAGAUCUAAAGGAACAACUGUUUCUCAAACUACUGGCACAACAGCUGAGACAACAACUAUCACAGCCCCAGCCCCAACUUCGACAGUGACCAGCACCGCAGGUAUAACGGUCUCUCAGACUACUGAUACAACUCUGUCCAGCACUAAAGGAACAACUGUUUCUCAAACUACUGCCGCAACAACUGAGACAACAACUAUCACAGCCGCAGCCCCAACUUCGACAGUGACCAGCACCGAAGGUACAACGGUCUCUCAGACUACUGAUACAACUCUGUCCAGAUCUAAAGGAACAACUGUUUCUCAAACUACUGGCACAACAGCUGAGACAACAACUAUCACAGCCCCAGCCCCAACUUCGACAGUGACCAGCACCGCAGGUAUAACGGUCUCUCAGACUACUGAUACAACUCUGUCCAGCACUAAAGGAACAACUGUUUCUCAAACUACUGCCGCAACAACUGAGACAACAACUAUCACAGCCGCAGCCCCAACUUCGACAGUGACCAGCACCGAAGGUACAACGGUCUCUCAGACUACUGAUAAUACACAGUCCAGCACUGAUGAAACAGCUGUUUCUCAAACUACUGGCACAACAACUGAGACAACGACUGUCACAGCCGCAGCCACACCUUCGACAAUGACCAGCACCGAAGGUACAACGGUCUCUCAGACUACUGAUAGUACACUGUCCAGCACCGACGGAACAACUGUUUCUCAAACUACUGGCACAACAGCUGAGACAACGACCGGCACAGCCCCAGUCAUAACAUCACCAGAGAUAAGCACUGAAGGUACAACUGUCUUUCAGACUACUGAUACUACGCUGUCCAGCACCGAAGGUACAACCGUCUCUCAGACUACUCAUACAACUCAGUCCAGCACUAAAGGAACAACUGUUUCUCAAACUACUGGCACUACAGCUGAGACAACAACUGGCACAGAUCCAGUCAUAACAUCCGCAGAGAUAAGCACUGAAGGUACAACUGUCUCUCAGACCACUGAUACUACGUUGUCCAGCACCGAAGGUACAACCGUCUCUCAGACUACUGAUACAACUCAGUCCAGCACUAAAGGAACAACUGUUUCUCAAACUACUGGCACUACAGCUGAGACAACAACUGGCACAGAUCCAGUCAUUACAUCCGCAGAGAUAAGCACUGAAGGUACAACUGUCUCUCAGACUACUGAUACUACACUGUUUAGCACCGAAGGUACAACCGUCUCUCAGACUACUGAUACAACUCUGUCCAGCACUAAAGGAACAACUGUUUCUCAAACUACUGCCGCAACAACUGAGACAACAACUAUCACAGCCGCAGCCACAACUUCGACAGUGACCAGCACCGAAGGUACAACGGUCUCUCAGACUACUGAUAAUACACUGUUCAACACCGACGGAACAACUGUUUCUCAAACUACUGGCACUACAACUGAGACAACGACUGUCACAGCCGCAGCCACAACUUCGACAGUGACCAGCACCGAAGGUACAACGGUCUCUCAGACUUCUGAUAGUACACUGUCCAGCACCGACGGAACAACUGUUUCUCAAACUACUGUCACAACAGCUGAGACAACGACCGGCACAGCCCCAGUUAUAACAUCACCAGAGAUAAGCACUGAAGGUACAACUGUCUUUCAGACUACUGAUACUACGCUGUCCAGCACCGAAGGUACAACCGUCUCUCAGACUACUGAUAAAACACUGUCCAGCACCGACGGAACAACUGUUUCUCGAACUACUGGCACAACAGCUGAGACAACGACCGGCACAGCCCCAGUCCUAACAUCGCCAGAGAUCAGCACUGAAGGUACAACUGUCUUUCAGACUACUGAUACUACGCUGUCCAGCACCGAAGUUACAACCGUCUCUCAGACUACUGAUACAACUCAGUCCAGCACUAAAGGAACAACUGUUUCUCAAACUACUGGCACUACAGCUGAGACAACAACUGGCACAGAUCCAGUCAUAACAUCCGCAGAGAUAAGCACUGAAGGUACAACUGUCUCUCAGACCACUGAUACUACGUUGUCCAGCACCGAAGGUACAACCGUCUCUCAGACUACUGAUACAACUCUGUCCAGCACUAAAGGAACAACUGUUUCUCAAACUACUGCUGCAACAACUGAGACAACAACUAUCACAGCCGACGCCACAACUUCGACAGUCACCAGCACCGAAGGAACAACGGUCUCUGAUACUACUGAUAAUACACUGUCCAGCACCGACGGAACAACUCUUUCUCAAACUACUGGCACAACAGCUGAGACAACGACCGGCACAGCCCAAGUCCUAACAUCGCCAGAGAUAAGCACUGAAGGUACAACUGUCUUUCAGACUACUGAUACUACGCUGUCCAGCACCGAAGGUACAACCGUCUCUCAGACUACUCAUACAACUCAGUCCAGCACUAAAGGAACAACUGUUUCUCAAACUACUGGCACUACAGCUGAGACAACAACUGGCACAGAUCCAGUCAUAACAUCCGCAGAGAUAAGCACUGAAGGUACAACUGUCUCUCAGACCACUGAUACUACGUUGUCCAGCACCGAAGGUACAACCGUCUCUCAGACUACUGAUACAACUCAGUCCAGCACUAAAGGAACAACUGUUUCUCAAACUACUGGCACUACAGCUGAGACAACAACUGGCACAGAUCCAGUCAUUACAUCCGCAGAGAUAAGCACUGAAGGUACAACUGUCUCUCAGACUACUGAUACUACACUGUUUAGCACCGAAGGUACAACCGUCUCUCAGACUACUGAUACAACUCUGUCCAGCACUAAAGGAACAACUGUUUCUCAAACUACUGCCGCAACAACUGAGACAACAACUAUCACAGCCGCAGCCACAACUUCGACAGUGACCAGCACCGAAGGUACAACGGUCUCUCAGACUACUGAUAAUACACUGUUCAACACCGACGGAACAACUGUUUCUCAAACUACUGGCACUACAACUGAGACAACGACUGUCACAGCCGCAGCCACAACUUCGACAGUGACCAGCACCGAAGGUACAACGGUCUCUCAGACUUCUGAUAGUACACUGUCCAGCACCGACGGAACAACUGUUUCUCAAACUACUGUCACAACAGCUGAGACAACGACCGGCACAGCCCCAGUUAUAACAUCACCAGAGAUAAGCACUGAAGGUACAACUGUCUUUCAGACUACUGAUACUACGCUGUCCAGCACCGAAGGUACAACCGUCUCUCAGACUACUGAUAAAACACUGUCCAGCACCGACGGAACAACUGUUUCUCGAACUACUGGCACAACAGCUGAGACAACGACCGGCACAGCCCCAGUCCUAACAUCGCCAGAGAUCAGCACUGAAGGUACAACUGUCUUUCAGACUACUGAUACUACGCUGUCCAGCACCGAAGUUACAACCGUCUCUCAGACUACUGAUACAACUCAGUCCAGCACUAAAGGAACAACUGUUUCUCAAACUACUGGCACUACAGCUGAGACAACAACUGGCACAGAUCCAGUCAUAACAUCCGCAGAGAUAAGCACUGAAGGUACAACUGUCUCUCAGACCACUGAUACUACGUUGUCCAGCACCGAAGGUACAACCGUCUCUCAGACUACUGAUACAACUCUGUCCAGCACUAAAGGAACAACUGUUUCUCAAACUACUGCUGCAACAACUGAGACAACAACUAUCACAGCCGACGCCACAACUUCGACAGUCACCAGCACCGAAGGAACAACGGUCUCUGAUACUACUGAUAAUACACUGUCCAGCACCGACGGAACAACUCUUUCUCAAACUACUGGCACAACAGCUGAGACAACGACCGGCACAGCCCAAGUCCUAACAUCGCCAGAGAUAAGCACUGAAGGUACAACUGUCUUUAAGACUACUGAUACUACGCUGUCCAGCACCGAAGGUACAACCGUCUCUCAGACUACUGAUACAACUCAGUCCAGCACUAAAGGAACAACUGUUUCUCAAACUACUGGCACUACAGCUGAGACAACAACUGGCACAGAUCCAGUCAUAACAUCCGCAGAGAUAAGCACUGAAGGUACAACUGUCUCUCAGACUACUGAUACUACGCUGUCCAGCACCGACGGAACAACUGUUUCUCAAACUACUGGCACAACAGCUGAGACAACGACCGGCACAGCCCCAGUCCUAACAUCGCCAGAGAUCAGCACUAAAGGUACAACUGUCUCUCAGACUACUGAUACUACGCUGUCCAGCACCGAAGGUACAACCGUCUCUCAGACUACUGAUACAACUCAGUCCAGCACUAAAGGAACAACUGUUUCUCAAACUACUGCCGCAACAACUGAGACAACAACUAUCACAGCCGACGCCACAACUUUGACAGUGACCAGCACCGAAGGUAAAACGGUCUCUCAGACUACUGAUACAACUCUGUCCAGCACUAAAGGAACAACUGUUUCUCAAACUACUGGCCCAACAGCUGAGACAACAACUAUCACAGCCGCAGCCCCAACUUCGACAGUGACCAGCACCGAAGGUACAACGGUCUCUCAGACAACUGAUAAUACACUGUCCAGCACCGAUGAAACAACUGUUUCUCAAACUACUGGCACUACAACUGAGACAACGACUGUCACAGCCGCAGCCACAACUUCGACAGUGACCAGCACCGAAGGUACAACGGUCUCUCAGACUUCUGAUAGUACACUGUCCAGCACCGACGGAACAACUGUUUCUCAAACUACUGUCACAACAGCUGAGACAACGACCGGCACAGCCCCAGUUAUAACAUCACCAGAGAUAAGCACUGAAGGUACAACUGUCUUUCAGACUACUGAUACUACGCUGUCCAGCACCGAAGGUACAACCGUCUCUCAGACUACUCAUACAACUCAGUCCAGCACUAAAGGAACAACUGUUUCUCAAACUACUGGCACUACAGCUGAGACAACAACUGGCACAGAUCCAGUCAUAACAUCCGCAGAGAUAAGCACUGAAGGUACAACUGUCUCUCAGACCACUGAUACUACGUUGUCCAGCACCGAAGGUACAACCGUCUCUCAGACUACUGAUACAACUCUGUCCAGCAUUAAAGGAACAACUGUUUCUCAAACUACUGCCGCAACAACUGAGACAACAACUAUCACAGCCGACGCCACAACUUCGACAGUCACCAGCACCGAAGGAACAACGGUCUCUGAUACUACUGAUAAUACACUGUCCAGCACCGAUGGAACAACUGUUUCUCAAACUACUGGCACAACAGCUGAGACAACGACCGGCACAGCCCCAGUCCUUACAUCGCCAGAGAUAAGGACUGAAGGUACAACUGUCUUUAAGACUACUGAUACUACGCUGUCCAGCACCGAAGGUACAACCGUCUCUCAGACUACUGAUACAACUCUGUCCAGCACUAAAGGAACAACUGUUUCUCAAACUACUGCCGCAACAACUGAGACAACAACUAUCACAGCCGCAGCCACAACUUCGACAGUGACCAGCACCGAAGGUACAACGGUCUCUCAGACUACUGAUAAUACACUGUUCAACACCGACGGAACAACUGUUUCUCAAACUACUGGCACUACAACUGAGACAACGACUGUCACAGCCGCAGUCAUAACAUCGCCAGGGAUAAGCACUGAAGGUACAACUGUCUUUCAGACUACUGAUACUACGCUGUCCAGCACCGAAGGUACAACCGUCUCUCAGACUAGUGAUACAACUCUGUCCAGCACUAAAGGAACAACUGUUUCUCAAACUACUAGCGCACCUGCUGAGACAACAACUAUCACAGCCGCAGCCACAACUUCGACAGUGACCAGCACCGAAGGUACAAUGGUCUCUCAGACUACUGAUGAUACACUGUCCAGCACCGAUGAAACAACUGUUUCUCAAACUACUGGCACUACAGCUGAGACAACGGUUGUAACAGCCGGAGACACUACUUCGCCAUUGACCAGCACCGAAGGCAGAAAUUUUUCCGAGACUACGAAUACUUCGCAGUCCACCACCGAAGGUACCAGAGUCUCCCCGACUACGGGCACAACAGCUGAGACGACGACUGACACAGCCGCAGUCACAACAUCACCAGAGACAAGCACCGAAGGUACAACGGUCUCUCAGAGUACUAAUACUACGCAGUCCAGCACCGAUGGUACAACAAUCACUCAGACUACUGAUACUAUACUGUCCAGCACCGAAGGAACAACUGUUUCUCAAACUACUGCCGCAACAACUAUCACAGCCGCAGCCCCAACUUCGACAGUGACCAGAACCGAAGGUACAACUGUCUCUCAGACAACUGAUAAUACACUGUCCAGCACCGAUGAAACAACUGUUUCUCAAACUACUGGCACUACAACUGAGACAACGAGUGUCACAGCCGCAGCCACAACUUCGACAGUGACCAGCACCGAAGGUACAACGGUCUCUCAGACUACUGAUAAUACACUGUCCAGCACCGACGGAAGAACUGUUUCUCAAACUACUGGCACUACAGCUGAGACAACAACUGGCACAGCCCAAGUCAUAACAUCCGCAGAGAUAAGCACUGAAGGUAUAAUUGUCUCUCAGACUACUGAUACUACGCUGUCCAGCACCGAAGGUACAACCGUCUCUCAGACUACUGAUACAACUCUGUCCAGCACUAAAGGAACAACUGUUUCUCAAACUGCUGCCGCAACAACUAUCACAGCCGCAGCCACAACUGAGACAGUGACCAGCACCGAAGGUACAACGGUCUCUCAGACUACUGAUAAUACACUGUUCAGCACCGACGGAACAACUGUUUCUCAAACUACUGGUACUACAGCUGAGACAACGACCGGCACAGCCCCAGUCAUAACAUCGCCAGGGAUAAGCACUGAAGGUACAACUGUCUUUCAGACUACUGAUACUACGCUGUCCAGCACCGAAGGUACAACCGUCUCUCAGACUACUGAUACAACUCUGUCCAGCACUAAAGGAACAACUGUUUCUCAAACUACUGGCGCAACACCUGAGACAACAACUAUCACAGCCGCAGUCACUACAUCACCAGAGACAAGGACCGAAGGUACAACGGUCUCUCAGAUUACUAAUACUACGCAGUCCACUACCGAAGCUUCAACCAUCACUCAUACAACUGAUACUACGCUGUCGACCACCGAAGGUACGACCGUCUCUCAGACUACUUAUACUACACUGUCAAGCACCGAAGGAACCAGUGUCUCUGAGACUACUGACACUACAGGGGAGACAACGUCUAUAACAACAACAGCCUCUUCAUCACCAGUAUUAAGUACCGAAGGUUCAACUGUCUCUCAAACUACGGGCACUACAGCUGAGACAACGACUGACACAGCCGCAGUCACUACAUCAACAGAGACAAGCACCGCAGGUACAACCUUCACUCAGAAUACUGAUACUACACUGUCCAGCACCGACGGAUCAAUUGUUUCUCGAACUACGGGCACUACAGCUGAGACAACGACUAACACAGCCGCAGUCACUACAUCACCAGAGACAAGCACCGAAGGUACAACGGUCUCUCAGAGUACUAAUACUACGCAGUCGACCACCGAAGGUACAACCGUCACUCAGACUACUUAUACUACACUGUCAAGCACCGAAGGAACCAGUGUCUCUCAGACUACUGACACUACAGGUGAGACAACCUCUAUAACAGCAACAGCCUCAUCAUCACCAGUAUUAAGUACCGAAGGUUCAACUGUCUCUCAUACUACGGGCACUUCAGCUGAAACAACGACUGGCAUAGCCACAUCCACAACUUCGCAAGUGACUAGCACCGACGGCACAGCUGUUUCCAAGACUACUCAUACUACACUAUCCAGUUCCGAAGGUACAACUGUCACUCAGAUUAUUGGCACCACAGCUGAGACAACGACUGGCACAGCUGCAGUCUCUACAUCGUCAGAGACAAGCACCGAAGGUACAACUGUCUCUCAGACUACUGAUACAACGCUGUCGACCGCCGAAGUUACGACCGUCUCUCAGAUUACUGAUACUACAUUGUCCAGCACCGAAGGAACAACUGUUUCUCAAACAACUGGCACAACAGCUGAGACAACGAUUAUCACAGCCGCAGCCACAACUUCGCCAGUGACCAGCACCAAAGGCACAACUGUCUCUCAGACUAUUGAUACUACGCAUUUUACCACCGAAAGAACCACAGUCUCUCCGACUAGGGGCACAACAGCUGAGACAACGACUGGCACAGCCGUAGUCACUUCAUCGCCAGAGACAAGCAUCGAAGGUACAACGGUCUCUCAGACUACUGAUACUACGCUGUCCACCACCGAAGGUACCGCGGUAUCUCAGACUACUUAUACUACGCUGUUCACCACCGAAGGUACAACUGUCUCUAAGACUACUGGCACUAUAGCUGAUACAACGACUGUCACAGUCCCAGUCACUACAUCGCCAGUGACCAGCACCGAAAGUACCACUGUAUUGAAGACUACAGGCAUUAUAGCUGAGAUGACGACUGCAACAACCGGAGCCAUUACCUCUCCAGUGACCAGCACCGAAGGUACCACUGUAUUUAAGACUACUGGCACUAUAGCUAAGGCGACAACUGUAACAACCGCAGUCAGUAUCUCGCCAGUGACCAGCCCCGAAAGUACAACUGUCUCUCAGACAAGCAUAGAUACUACACUGGCUGGAACUUCAUCAUCGACAGCAGUGCCUACAACAGGACCUCAUGUUACAAUACCGACUACCGAAUCCACAGCUGUUAGCAUAGAUCUGUUAAGUUUUGGUGCUUCAGCCAAAGACCAGAAAGGAGAUUUAGGUGAUGAUGUUGAAGUUGCCAGCAUUUACAACCCUGUGGGUUUGACAUGCAACUGUGAUAUAUAUAAUCAGGUUUAUAUUUACUCUAAUGGGUACAUAACGUUGGAUUCGCAAUAUUCUUCGAACAUCCCAAGAUCAUUUCCUUCAAGCUAUACCAGUGGAGUCAAGAUGCUAGCCCCAUUUUGGGCUGACGUCAUAACUAAUGCAUAUACAAAUGUAUGGUACCAUUUUUACAACAAGUUCGAUCCGGACACUUCCACGGCGACCUUUCUACACAACAUCACAAAUUUAUUAACAAACAAUUACCCUAACAGCGAGGAGGUUUUGAACUUUGACCCUAAUACAGCAUUAAAAGUCACUUGGGAAAAUGUUUAUCCAAAUCCAAGUCAAGGAAACACAGAGAAUGCAACAGUACAGUUAUUGGUGGUAUCUGAUGGAAUCAGUACAUACACUGCUUUCAUUUAUGGAAAUAUCUAUUGGACCUCCAAUACAGCCAGGUCCAUUUCUGCCUCCUGGCAAUGUAGUGAAAAUGAUGGCUAUUACAACCAUCCUGCAUCAUUUGAUUUAAAUUUCCCAUCUGAAAUUGUUAGCUCCAGUAACAGCAAGACACCAAUAAAUGGUCUAUGGAUGUAUCGGGUAGACACUUGUACUGAUACAAGUGUAAACUAUGACAAGUUAUGUUAUGAAUGGCUAUCAACUGUAGCUCCAACUUAUGAGAGUACACUGAAUUCUUAUGAUGGACUGUUGAUAGAAUGCCCAUGUAACCUGCCACAGGCUAAAAAAGAUCCACAAUACUACCAGGAAAAUGGAACAUAUUGUUUUUAUACACAGUAUGCUCCUCUAAUUUCUACAGGUGCAAGGAAAUGCUGCUACUCUCAAGAAACUUCAUCUCUGUUGUUUAACACAGCUGACAGCGGCUACUUGAUGUUGUAUCAUCCACUGAAUAAUACAUUUAAUAAUCAGGAAUAUGAUAUUGAUCCUUUCGACAAUUGCUGUGUUCUGGGAAGUCUAUGUGAAAAGUUUUUCGAAAAGAGAGUUUCAAGCAGUUGUUCUGGUUACACAGCUCCAGAUCUUGGUUUAAUGGCUGGUGAUCCACAUUUCAAAACUCUGGAUGGAUUUGAUUACACUUAUAAUGGAAUAGGAGAAUACAUGUUAUUGAAUGUCCACAGCAGUACUGCAAACGAGAUAUUUAAACUUCAAACAAGGACUAUACAAGCUUUGGAUAAGAAUGAAAAACCUAUAUCAGCUACGAUUUUUGGUGGAUUCGCUGCAUUGGAUGUCACCAGCAAUGGGAAAUUUCAAGUAGAAAUGGAUUCUAAUCGUGAUGGACUUAUAAUAAGAAUAAAUGACAGAGAUUUUACUCUGGUUUUCUACAAUGAUACAAAUUUCCUAGAAAGACAAGACAAUAUAGUUGUGGAAAGACUAGGCAGUAAUUCAUUAAAAGCAGUGUUUACGACUUCAGGAAUUGCACUGGAAGUUUCAUUGGCAGUGAAAAUGUUAGACAACAAAAUACUCCUACCAGAGAAAUUGAAAGGAAGUUCUGGAUUCAGUGGUCUUCUGGGAAAUGUGAAUGGAAAUAAAGAGGAUGACUUUGAACUUCCAGAUGGUACAACAAUUCCAUCUAACUCAACUGAAUCUGACAUUUAUUAUAAGUUUGGAGAGUUUUGGAGAACAAACGAAAGCACAACUAUAUUUCAGUAUACCCCAGGAUUUUCAUCUGAUUACUACAAGAAUACAAGUUUUGUUCCAGUCUUCACAGAUUCAUUUAGUAGUUCUGACAUAACUGAUGCUGGAGCACUGUGUGGAACAAAUCGUGGCUGUAUGUAUGAUUACCUGGCAUUAGAUAAAGAUGAACAAGUGGCGAACAAUACAAGGAAAAUUGAGGUCGCUACUGAUGCAGAGAUAAAAAUUGCAGCAAAUAAGAUACCAAUAGUAACUGGAACAAAGAGAGUAAAUGCCACAGUGAAUGAAACAGUGAAUCUGUCUGCUGAGGCAAGAGAUGCAGAUAAUGAUGAUGUUACAGUGUUCUUCAGUGGUACAAUCACAGGCCAACUGACACAACAGGGAAAUGCAUUAUUAUCAAAAACUUGGAUUCCUAACCAGUAUGAGGAAAACUAUAAUAUAAGUUAUUAUGCAGUUGAUACCAACAGUGGUAUAUCCUCCACAGAAACGGUCGCAAUUUAUUUAUGUCCAGGAUGUAGCAAUAAUGGUAUAUGUGACUAUGAAAAUGUCAUAACUGGCAGCUCAUCACUGUUGUAUUAUACUGUUCAAUGUAAAUGUGAUGUUGGCUGGGAUGGACAAAAGUGUGAUAAAGACACAGAUGGGUGUGCAAACAAUCCUUGUCCAUCGCUUACAACAUGUAUAGACAAGUCACCUGCAGAUCAAGACAACGAUAAAGUGUUAUACAGCUGUAGUAAUUGUGAGGCAGGCUUUGAAUUGAUCAAUGGAAAAUGUACUGAUGUUAAUGAAUGCUUAAACAGAACAAAUCCUGUUUGUGAACAGAUUUGUACCAACAAUAUGGGUGGUUAUACCUGUUCUUGUGAAGCAGGAUACAGAUAUAUUGCUGAUCAAUGUGUAGAUGUGAAUGAAUGUAUCGAAUCUACCUCCAGCUGUCAGCAAGUAUGUAACAACACAUUAGGAUCUUUUACAUGUGCAUGUCGUGAUGGUUAUAUCCUCAACACUGAUCAGGCCACAUGUAGAGCUGAUCCAAAUUAUAAUACUACACUGUGUAAUGCUAAGAAUUGCCAGUCUGGAUGUACUAUAGAGAGUAACAAAGCUGUGUGUUUUUGUGAGACUGGAUACCAACUCAAUAACGACAACAAAACUUGUAGUGAUAUAAAUGAAUGCAGUAAUAGUGUGGCCAUGUGUCCACAGGUGUGUACCAAUAGUGCUGGCAGUUACACAUGCAGUUGUUAUGAUGGAUUUAGAUUACAGGGCGACAAAACAACAUGUUUAGAGUGCAGUGGUUUGAAUUGGGGACCUAAUUGUGCCAGAAAAUGUAGUGAAUGCUCUGCUAAUACCAAGAGAUGUGACAGAGUAAAAGGUUGUAUUUGUGCCUCUGGAUGGACUGGUGCCACUUGUUCUCAGGAUAUUAAUGAAUGUGAUCAGACUAGUAUCUGUGGAGAAUUAGAAGAUUGUAAAAAUUCUUUUGGAUCGUACGAAUGUGUUUGUAAAACUGGAUAUAAGAAAGGAUCUGAUGGAUCUUGUCAAGAUGUAAAUGAAUGUGUAACAGGAUUAAACAAUUGUGAUAGAAAUGCUGAAUGUGUCAAUACUGUAGGAAGUCAUUUAUGUAGUUGUAAAUUGGGGUAUAGUGGAGAUGGUCUGACAUGCUCAGAUAUUGAUGAGUGUGCUUUGGGAACAGACGACUGUAAACAAGACUGUAUUGAUGUUAUUGGUAGUUUUAACUGUGAUUGUCGUAUUGGAUUUACAUUAAAUAGUGACAGGAAAACCUGUUCAAAGAUUGUGCUACCAGAAGUUGAAAAUAAGUGUAACAGUACCAGUCUUGUAUGUGAUUUAGUAAAUGGGGGAUGCAGUGUCAACAGCACAGGAGAUGCCUUCUGUUUCUGCAACUCAGGCUAUGAGUUUACUAAUCCAGGUGUUGAUUAUACCUGUACAGAUAUUGAUGAAUGUCAGAACAAUAAUGGUGGAUGUGAACAGAUCUGUACAGAUAAUGCUGGUGGAUACAGUUGUACCUGCCCAACAGGAUAUAAACUGUCAUCUGACUCUAAAUCAUGUGACUCAUGUAAUGAAACUAAUACAUGGGGACAAAACUGUGCCAAUGUAUGUAACUGUGGAAUAGGAGCAGAAUUCUGUGACAGACUGACUGGCUGUGUGUGUAAGAGAGGGUACAGUGGUAUCUACUGCACCAAGAAUAUUAAUGAAUGUCUGUCGUCACCAUGUCCAAACAAUCAGACCUGUGUAGAUACUGUUGGAUCAUACAAAUGUACAUGUCCCACUGGUUAUCAUAUACAGAAUGAUGUCUGUGUGGAUGAAAACGAGUGUGUCUUACAAACAGAUUCUUGUAAUCAGAGGUGUAUCAACAAAGCAGGAGGAUAUAUAUGUUCUUGUGAGGAUGGUUUUGUGUUAACAGAGAACACAACAUGUCAAAAUUUUGAUGAGUGUACAUUGUUGAACAAUAACUGUGAACAGAUAUGUGUUGACACUAUCGGGAGUUUCUACUGUUCAUGUAGAGAUGGUUUCGUAUUGAACUCCGAUCAAAGUAGCUGUGAUAAAGAUUAUGACCCAUGUGCAAAUAACAAUAUCAACUGUAGCUAUGGAUGUGUACUUGAAAAUAAUGCACCUGUCUGCUUUUGUCCACUAGGUUAUGAACUCAGUACUGAUGACAGUCAGACAUGCUCAGUUGUAUACAGAUCAGUACAGUUCACCAUGACAACAGAUUAUCCAUACUCAAGUAAAAUGUCAGAUCCCUCCACAGAUGAAUUCAAACAUGCAAGAGUUGAUAUUACAGCAGGACUGGAUGACAGCUACAGUAAUAUUCCUGGAUUUUUAUCAUUAACUGUAGAUAGAUUCUUAUCUGGUAGUACAGUUGUUCAAUAUACAGUUGAAUUAAAUCGAAGUUUGAGCAACAGUUUAAUAAUUGAGAUAGCCAAUGUAACUAAAAAUAUAACACAGAUAAUUGUGCUAGAGAAGCCAUACAGUGUAACUGGAGAAACUUUGGUCAACUACCAAACAACAAGUCUAGAGCCAUUAACCUGUACACUGUGUGGAUCAAAUCAUACAUGUGUUAUACUAAGUAUAAAUACUUAUGAAUGCAGACCACCAUUGUCUGAAAUAGAGAGUAGGUCAUUAUAUAUGGAGGUCACACUACAGAAAACUUUCAACUCAAAUUAUGGAAAUAAACUGCAUUUAGAUUAUGCUGCAUACGAAGAAGAUGUAGAACAAGCAUUUGCAGCAGUGAUGAUUGGUGUAGAAGAUAUCCAGUACUUAAAUGUAACAGAUUUUAGACAUCACACAGAUGGAGUGACAACUAGCCUUGUUGUAAUAUUUAACACCAUUGCUAAUAAGACCUUACAGUAUGAUAAAGUGUUGAACAUCUUGGUUAAGAUAGAAACCAAGGAUAGAUCCUGUGUAGACAUCGUAGAUACAUGCAUUGCUUUAUAUGGAAGUAUCUCAUUAGGCAACACAACCACAGCAUUAGAAGCUGUGAUAUGUAGUACCUGUACUGUGAUACAGGAUUGUAUACAAGACAAUGAAACUUCCAGAUAUCAGUGUGUUAAUAAACCAACAACAGAACAAACUGCAAGCUCAACUACAGAAGGAACUACAACUACAGAAGGAACUACAACUACAGAAGGAACUACAACCACUGUACAAAGUAAAAGUUCAUCAGAUUUGAUAUUGGGCCUAGGUAUAGGAUUGCCUCUAGCCAUUUCAGCAUUAAUCAUUUCAACGAUAAUGAUAUGCAUGUGUUGUAGACGUAAAUAUAGAUCAGAUUCUGAAUCAACAGUACAAGAACAAUCAGAAGAUGAUUGGAAGGUAGGGCCAGCCUUUGGUAGAUAUGAUCCAAGUUUAAGAGGCACAAGAGGUGCUUUUGGUACAGACUUCAUGAGACAGUGGAGUAGAACCUCUGGUGACAAAUACCAUCGAGAUCAACCUGAAGAACUGGUUCAUCCAUAUUUUGGUCCUGGUGGUUUAGACGAUUUUACCACUGGAGCGGAUUCAAGUGAAAGGCUUGAUUUUGCACCAGAUACCACAGUAGGAGAGGAAGAUUUGGAAGUUCCACCAAGGAGAUCUAAUUUCUCCUGGGAUUUUAUGUUUGAUAUGUUGGAUCCCAGAGAAGAGGUUAAGAUACCAAGACCUUUUGUGGAUGCAGAGGAGGCAGACUUGUUCAGAGGCAAGAAGGAGAAAAUAUUGCAUAAGAGGGAUUCUAAUGUAUAGCAAAGAUUCCUAAGAAGAUGUCUUCCAAAUUUUGUUCACUAAUUAGAACAGAAUGGAAUGUAAAAAAGUGAAACGGAAAUUUGAUGAAGAAUCUCUUUCCUGGAUUAUUAAUGUGGUGCUUAUUUAUAUAGGAUUAUUUAUCUUUCCUGGAGAUUACACAAGUGUUCAUAAAUUUUGUGACUUUGGUUACUGGAUAAAGUGCAGAAGAAGAAUGAUUAAAUUUAUUGAAUUAUUUUAUAAUCUUAAAUGAGUUUAAAUUAAACAUGAUAAAUUGCUAUUUCAGAUUCUUCUACAGGUGAAUAUUUGUUGAAUGUUUGGGAAUAACAUGUCAUUGCUAUUUGAAAAAUGUACAUAACAUGGUGAAUAUGUUAUAUGCAUAUUAAAAUUAGUUUUCAUUCUACUUUUACCACAACUAAAGCCAUAAAAUUGGAACUUAUUGCCAGUUAUGAAGGAGUGAAAAUGAAAACUUCAUGAAAAGAAGAUGUUUAUUUACAGUCUUUAAUAUUAACUGUGAUGAAAUUCUUGUCUAUUUCAUUAUAAAAGCAUGUCGAUUGACAAAUUAGGACUAUACCAACAUUAACAAAUUGGUGAUUGGUUUUAAAAUCAGUUAUUUGUAUUUCAUUGAUAUCAAAUUUAUGUGACAUCUGACAAUGAAUACAGAAUUAGUAGCCAAUAUGAUGUAAUAAUAUGAAAUUUUCUGUAAUUUAGUCAUACUGAUUAAAAAUCAAGAGUAGUUUUUUUAGAUUUGUUUAGGAAUAGUUUGUAAUACAUGAAAUUCAUUGAAUCUAUUUUAAAUUAUUAAAAUUAACUGUCAUUUAGAUGGAAUAUGUUUAUGUUAACCUUUGUCAAUAGUUGAAUAUUGAAUUUCAAAAGCAUCAACAAAAUGUAUUUACAAAUAAAAAAGUGCAUUUAUUGUUUUA